AUGGCUAGUGAAAAAGACUUAGAAAAAGAGAUCGAAGAUGAUUUAUCUGAGAGUAUGUCUAAAGCACAAAUAGAUAAGAUGAUUAAGUUCUUACAUACACACACUGAUUAUAAAGUUAUAAAGGGUCAUGAACUUAGACAUAGUACCCCUAAGGUUAAAUUUGAGAGUGAACCACCCCCAAGGCCCCCUCCCCCUCCACCGAUUAGAAAGUCUAGUUUUUUACAUACUAGUGGUGUCAGGGGAAAGUCAUUUUUUGGCGAUGUGUCGACUAGUUAUAGUGCUUUUCAGAGGCCCAAGUUUCCUAUUUUUUCGGGAGAAGCUAAGAGUGAAGCGACAUUUGAUGUUUGGAUGUUUGAGGUGAAAUGCGUUUUACGAGAGGGAAAUUUUUCUGACCCUGUCAUAUUACAGUCUGUUAGGGGUUCAUUGAAGGGUAAAGCUCGGAGUUUGUUGUUGUCAUUACCUGAGGAUGCUUCUCCUCAGCAGAUACUUGAAAAGUUAGAGGGUGUGUAUGGUAAUGUUUAUACCAGUGAGGCUUUACUUGAGAAGUUUUAUAAGGAGACUCAACAACCUUCUCAAUCAGUAGCUGAUUUUGGUAUGACUUUAGAGUCAAUAAUUCAGCCUGCUGUUGAGAAAGGUGAUAUUAGUUUCGAUACUAAGAAUGAGAUGCUCCGAUCUAAGUUUUGGUCAGGAAUAAGAGACCCACUUCUUAAAAAUUCAAGUAGGUAUAAAUUUGAUACAGUUAAGGAUUUUGAUCAGCUUAGGAAGGAAAUCAGAGCUAUAGAGCUUGAAUUGGCAAAUUCUGAAAAAGCUGUUAGCACUGUGCAACAUCAGCCUAUUUCUACCGACUCGGUCAAGCUUGACGAUAUAUUGAAAAAAAUUGACCGUAUGGGUAAGAGAUUAGAAACUUUAGAAAACAAAACACCAAAAGAGACAAAUAAGGUAACAGAUAAUCAUGGUCAGUCUAACCCGGGAUAUUCCACUGGUUCUGGACGUGGAAAUUAUUCGCAGAGUUAUGGUCGAGGUCGAGGAUAUCAGAAUCAGAGAGGUCGCGGUGGUAAUAGGAAUACUUACAAUAAUCAGUCUGGAAAUUCACGACAAAAUGCUAAUGGCGAUUUAAACGAAUAG